UCUACUACUACUAGUAUAUAGAUAAUAUAUCACACAAUAUAUAUACACCCCCCUCCACCCCCCACCCCUUCAAUAUUUGUUGUCAAAAUCUAUCAGUUUUCAGAAGUCGUUUUCUCUUUGUUGCUUCUCAUUCAUUCAUUAUCAAUUUUUCUCUCCCAUAACGUCUUGUAAAUAAAAGUUUAAGUCCUUUUUUUAGGGCUUCCCAAUUAUUGUCUUCAAUUUUGUUCAUAUACCUAAUUCCUAACUCCACAGUCUGAUCAUUUCGAGCUUUCCAGCAGAAAAAAAAAACUUAGUACAUACAUCUGAUCCCUCUCUUUCUCUUUCUCUCUCUCUCAUUAUAUCAAUUAUUUGAAUACUGAAACUCAUAAGUACCACUUUGGUGAGGUCUUAAUAAUGGAAGAUCACCAAAAGGAGCUACACUUUCUGUCCACUCACCAAAACGCAGCAAAUUCCUCCUCAUGGCCAUCUGAUUCUCCCCCGAACAUGAUUCGAUCAUCGGAGUCAUUGGAACCUCCUUCGUUGGACCUACAACUUUCAAUCAGUGUACGACCAUUUAAGCCACCUUCAGAUCAUCAUCAAGGUGUCCUAAUUCGUCCAUCACUAAACCAUGAUCACAAUCACUACACCGAUGUCCGGUUCGACUCGGGCUACAUUGAGGCCCUUAAAUGGCAAGCUGCGGAGCAAAUAAGGCUAGCAGCCAUAGAGAAAGCGUACGCAGAACGUGUAAGGGAACUUACUCGAAGAGAAAUAGAGCUAGCUCAAUCCGAAUUCGCGCGUGCGAGGAGUAUGUGGGAAAGAGCUAAAGAGGAAGUUGAAAGAGCAGAAAAAUUGAAAGAAAGAGCAACUCGUAGGAUUGAUCCUACGUGCAUGGAAGUUACUUGCCAGUCUUGCAGUCAAAAAUUUCGACCGCAUUGAAUGUUAUUGUUAUUGAGGGUGAAAAAUAAUUAAUGGUGAUGAUUAAUAUGCAUUCUUUUCUUUUGGUGGGAAUUCUGGAAAAAACUUAAGUGGAGAAUAAUUUGAUGUAUGAUGAUUUAUUCUUUUGUUUUCUGUUCUUCCAUGACCAAUUGAUUCAAGUUAUGUAGUGUACGCGUAUAACAUGGUCCUGGCAGAAUUUGACUAUGUAUGAUUAAUUCUUCCUUUUUCUUGAGGUAAUGUUAUCUUCAUAAUAUUGGAAACAUGAGAUUCGAUCA